CACCCUUUGCCAGUUGCCUCGAUGCAACACCACCUUUGCCUCCUUAAAUUUCCAUGCACUCCCUCACAACCUCCUCACUCUCACUCCAAUUUCCAGAGCCUUAUCCGAGAAAAAAGUCGGUUUGCUUUUUCGAGAAACCCAGUCUGAGACUCUCAGAGACUAGUGACAGAGACCACUGUACCCACAGCCAGCAAUGGAAGUCGAAACCACCCAGAAGAAGAAGCCAACACCACCCCAAUCAAGCCCAAUGAGAAAGAUCAUUCUGGUUGCCUCAAUUGCCGCCGGAAUCCAAUUUGGAUGGGCCAUACAGCUCUCCCUGCUAACCCCCUACGUCCAGCUCCUCGGCAUCUCCCACACCUGGGCACCCUUCAUCUGGCUCUGCGGCCCCAUCUCCGGCAUGCUCGUCCAGCCCAUCGUCGGCUACCACAGUGACCGCUGCACGUCCCGCUUCGGCCGACGCCGUCCCUUCAUCGCUGCCGGCUCCUCUCUAGUCGCCAUCGCCGUCUUCCUCAUCGGCUACGCCGCCGACCUCGGCCAUCUUUUCGGUGACUCCCUCGACAAACCCACCAAACCACGCGCCAUCGCCAUCUUCGUGGUCGGGUUCUGGAUCCUCGACGUGGCCAACAACAUGUUACAGGGCCCCUGCCGUGCUCUCCUGGCCGACAUCUCCGGCUCCGACACCAAGAAAAUGCGAACCGCGAAUGGGUUCUACUCUUUCUUCAUGGCCAUCGGCAACGUCCUGGGGUUCUCCGCCGGGUCCUACACCCACCUCCACAAGAUGCUCCCCUUCACCAUGUCCAAAGCCUGCGACGUCUACUGCGCCAAUCUCAAAACCUGCUUCUUCCUCUCCAUCGCUCUCCUUAUAGCCCUCACCAUUCUCGCUCUCGUAUCCGUCACGGAACCAACACCAACUCCGGAAAUGGUAGAAGCUGUGGAGGAGAUUGAGGAGGAGGAGGAGGAGAAGGUAGCACCGGUGCCUUUCUUCAGCGAGAUCCUUGGUGCUUUCAAAGAGCUACAGAGACCGAUGCGGAUCUUGUUGGUGGUGACAUGCCUCAACUGGGUCGCGUGGUUCCCUUUCCUACUGUUCGACACUGACUGGAUGGGAAGGGAGGUGUACGGAGGGGAGGUCGGGAAAGGCAGGUUGUAUGCCUUGGGGGUCAGAGCCGGUGCCCUCGGCCUCAUGCUCAACUCUGUCGUUUUGGGCUGUGUCUCUCUCGGAAUUGAGAUUCUCGCGCGUGCCCUUGGUGGGGUCAAGCGCUUGUGGGGCGUUGUCAAUUUUCUCCUCGCCAUCUGUUUGGCCAUGACCGUUUUGAUCACCAAACUAGCUCAGUCCACUCGACACCACGCCGUCGUUUCAACAGGAGCUGAGCCACCGCCGCCACCCGCCGGUAUCAAGGCGGGUGCGCUGGCUAUCUUUGCUGUCUUGGGUAUACCUCAGGCGAUAACCUACAGUGUUCCCUUUGCUCUGGCAUCCAUAUUUUGCAGCAAUUCUGGUGCAGGCCAAGGGCUUUCUUUAGGAGUCUUGAAUCUUGCAAUUGUUGUGCCACAGAUGGUAGUGUCAGUAGCAAGUGGACCAUGGGAUGCUCUAUUUGGUGGUGGUAAUCUACCAGCAUUUGUGGUUGGAGCCAUUGCUGCUGUAUUCAGUGGAAUAUUAGCACUCUUCAUGUUACCAUCUCCACCACCUGAUCUUCCUACAACUAAGAAUGCAAGAGCUGCAGCUGCUGCAUUCCACUGAUUUCGAUCGCAAUCACCCAGCUCCAGCCGAGAGAUAUCGAGAGAGUUUUAACUCUAGCUUUCUUUCUGAUAUUUUUAUUUUAUUUUCCAUUUAAUUUCUUUCAGCUUAAUGGGUUUUGUACUAGAGUACUAGUAGGUAUCUUUCUUCAAACUUUAAAAAAAAUGCUGCAUUGCCAUCUGUAAAUGGCAUAGAAGUUACUCUGUAUCCAUGCGUAAGCAUGAUACAGUUGAUACAACCAGGAAUGGUUGACCCCAAAAUCCUUGUCUUUGUAUAUUGCUUCAUCUUCCUCUAGUAGUUUAUGGAUUUCGUGUGUGAUCAGUAUAUAAUAA